AUGGAGGACGAUUCGGUCGCGCCGAUCCCGAACCCUGUGGUGCAGCAGCAGGUGUUUCUACUACUGCAUACUGGGUCAAAUGAACAAGUGCGUAAGAGCGCUCUCGAAAAGUUAUGGCGAAACAUAGAGCAGGACGAGAUGGCGCCUUAUUACGAAUUCCUGUUGGCGGAUGCGAAUGUGGCGCAGUAUGUACCGCGCCGUGAAGAGAUUCUUCGCGCCCUUCGCGAAAAGAAUUCACAAGAAAUUGCGCGUUUAGAUUCGGAGCAGAAGCGUGCGGAGGAAAAUGAGGGCGAUAUAGAGCUACACACGGUACUGAAGCAGCGCGCCAUGUACCUGGCUCGUAUCGGUGAUAAGGAAGCAGCGCUUCCAGCCAUCGACGAAGCGUUUGCCAAAGCUACUGGAACAGGAUCGAAAAUUGAUUUCAUGCUGCUCAAGAUCCGCUUGGGUCUGUUUUAUGGUGACCCUGAGCUGACCGAAAAAAGCAUGGCGAGUGCCGCAGCACUCAUUGAAGAAGGAGGUGAUUGGGAUCGCCGAAACAGGCUCACUGCGUACCGCGGCGUGUAUGCAGCAUCUAUUCGUGACUUCGGAGAGUCAUCAAAACGAUGCACCGAGGCCUUGAGCACCUUUACUGCGACAGAGCUAAUCGAAUACCAUGACUUUGUGCUGCUGACCAUCCUUACAAGUAUGGUAUCUCGUAACCGACGUGAACUCAAGCAGUUGAUGGAGUCACCUGAGAUUCUGCAGUCGAUUGACGAAUUGCCAUAUAUGCGUGAGUUCACCUCGUCCUUGUACAACAGUGAAUAUGCUCUGUUUUUCCGCACCCUUGCUGAGGUCGAGCAGCGAUACCUGCUUCCUUCGCGCAUUCUUUCGCGUCAUACGCAGUACUAUGUGCGUGAAAUGCGUCUCAUAUCAUUUGCCCAACUGCUUGAGAGCUAUCGCAGUGUGGCCCUCGACAGCAUGGCCGCGGCGUUUGGUGUCACGACCGACUAUAUGGAUCGCGAACUCUCUCGUUUCAUUUCAGCAGGGCGUCUUCCUGCCGUCAUCGAUAAGGUCGAUGGCAUUAUCGAGAACCGUCGGCCUGACCAGAAGAAUGCGCAGUACAACCGCAUUAUUAAGGAAGGCGAUGUUCUGCUCAAUUCGCUCCAAAAGCUCUCGCGCACAGCGUUAUAG